CACAAAAAACACAAAGCUUCUCAACCCCACAAGUAUGAAAUACUACUACUUUGUUGACAAAGACAUUGGGUUUCCUGAGCCUCUUCUGAGAAAGCAAACACAACCCUGAAAGCUUCAACAAAGGCUCAUUUUGGUGUUCAAACAAGGAAAGAUGACAAAGUGAAGAGUAAAAGCUAAAAAAGAGAGCAAAAGGAAUUGUUACAGCUUGUUCUAUAUAUAUUUUGCACGAAUGAUUCGAAUAAGCAGCUAAAUUACUAGUACUACUGUUACCAAUGAUGGCAGGAAACCCUAACUGGUGGAGCAUGAAUAGCAUGCAUCCACAGUCUCAUCAGCACCAGCAGUUUCCUUCCACCACUACUUUUCAUUCACCUGCUCCUCCUCCUCCUCCUCUUCCUCCACAGUAUAAUUUGUAUGGCGGAUCUUCUUCACCUCUUUCUGCCAACUCUUUGUCUGAUCAUCAUCCCAACCAAGACUUCCCACGCUCAUGGAGACAACUGCUCUUGGGUGGGUUAGCUAAUGAACAAGAAAGGUUUGUUGGCAGUCCUUUUCAAAACAAGAAGUUGGAGAACUGGGAAGACCAGACUUUGAACCCAUCUUUAAGAGUUCCUGUUUCUGAUGUGAAACAAGAGGUUGCUCUAAGUACUAGCGUACUUUUUGGAGCUGCUGCAGAUGAGGAAUUUCAAGCUUCUACUAGGCCUUCUUGGUCACAAGUCGUGCAAGCAUCUUCUCCGACCUCUUGUGUUACAAGUUUAAGCAGUAACCUAUUGAACUUCUCUAGUAGCAAAGCUGAAGGAAGGAAUCAAAAUCCAGAAAAUUCAUCUGAGUGCAACAGCUCGAUAGCCGGUGGUGUGUCUAAGAAGCCUAGGAUUCAACACUCCACAGCCCAACCAGCUCUUAAGGUAAGAAAGGAGAAGCUAGGGGAUAGAAUAACAGCCCUUCACCAACUUGUUUCCCCAUUUGGAAAGACUGACACUGCUUCUGUCUUAUCAGAAGCUAUUGGGUAUAUCAGAUUCCUUCAGGCCCAAAUUGAGGCACUUUCCUCUCCGUACUUGGGUAAUGUAUCAGGAGGAUCAGGGAGCAUGGGUCAGGGUCACCAACAACAAUCUGUUGUCCAAGAUCGGCCUAAGGACUUGAAGAGUAGAGGGUUAUGCCUGGUUCCCAUAUCUUGUACUCAGCACGUCGGAAGUGAUAACGGAGCAGAUUACUGGGCUCCAGCUCUUGGCGGAGGAUUCUAGUCGUGGCAGCAGUCUGCUCUCGCUUUAUCAAUGGAACCCCCUUAAUUAUGGAAUGAUAUAACAUCACCAGCAGUCAUUCUUCAAACUAAGACUGACUGCUCUUGAUGCUACUAUGCAUUCCAAGAGAGGAAGAAAAUUAAAAAGAUCAUAUGCUACUAGCUUUGUGUGUAAUGUAUAUGCUCUUCAAUCUCAAGUUCAUUUUAAUUCCACUCCCCUUCAUUCAAA